AUGGCUGAGAGUGUUGUUGGCUUUUUAAUUAAUCAGCUCUCCACCUUACUUUCCCAAGAGAGCAGCCUUUUGGGAGGACUUCGACCGGAUGUUCAGUUCAUCAAAGAUGAACUCGGCAGCAUGAAAGCUUUCCUCCGACAAGCUGAAGCAAAGGAGGACAAUGACUCUCAACUCCAAGAAUGGGUCAAGCAGGUUCGAGAAGUUGCUUAUGAUACAGAGGACGUUCUCGAUGAUUUUGCCUUCCGCUUUGCUCUUGGUGAUGCAGAUGGAUUCUUUGGCCGUGUUGGCAAGAUCUACAACUCGAUUAAAAAUCUGAAAGCCCGCCAUCGGAUUUCUUUGGAGAUAAAAGAUAUCAAGGCCAGAGUUGUAGAGAUUUCUGCAAGGCAUCAGAGGUACCAGUCUCUGUAUGGUACUCAAGAAAUAGGCUCCAGCUCUUCGCACGUGGCAAGCGCAGAUUGUGAUAUUCGUGACCAAGCACUCCUAAUUGAAGAAGCUAAGCUUGUUGGCAUCGAUCAGCCCAAAAAAGAGCUCAUCUCCAAAAUCCUUGAUGACCAUUCCCACUUGAAACUAGUUUCAGUGGUGGGAAUGGGGGGACUCGGUAAAACCACCCUGGUGAAAAAGGUCUACGAUGAUGCUGCAGUGAAGAAACAAUUUCAGAGCCAUGCUUGGAUAACUGUUUCUCAAAAUUUUCAAUUCAAAGUCAUCAUCAAGAACUUGAUUCAACAAUUGUAUGAUGAAAUUAGACAACCGGUCCCUCCACAAGUGGAUUCCAUGGAUGGUAUUAGGCUCAGCGAAUUUGUCAAGGACUUCCUCAAAGAAAGAAGGUACAUCCUUGUCCUUGAUGAUCUGUGGACUAUAGAUGCCUGGGAAGCUAUCAAAUACGUGUUGCCUGACUACAACAUCGCUAGUCGUGUUGUAUUGACAACACGAAUUACCGAUGUAGCUUCUGCAUCCUGUUUAACAUUCCGUGACUUUAUCCAUAAGAUGAGUCCUCUCUCUUAUGAAGAUUCUUGGACUCUUUUUUGCAAUAGAACAUUUCAAAGUAAUGGUUGCCCUUCAAAUCUGGAAGAAGUUUGUAGAAAAAUACUAAAAAAAUGUGAGGGCCUACCACUUGGAAUUGUAACAAUGGGUGGUGUUUUGGCUUUGAAGGACAAGGACAAGAUAGAUGAAUGGGAGAUGAUUUUUCGUGGCUUUGGCAGUGAGGUAGAUGGUAGCGGUAAGCUUGAUAGAAUUAGAAAGAUACUCUUACUUAGCUAUAGUGAUUUGCCUCACCAUCUUAAAAACUGUUUAUUGUAUCUAAGUAUCUAUCCUGAAGAUCAUCCAAUUGAUGUCGACGAGAUACUUGGUAAAUGGAUAGCACUAGGAUUUAUAGAAGAAGAAGAAGGAAUGAUAGCCACUGAUAUAGCUAUGAGAUAUCUAAAAGAACUCGUCAACAGAAGCUUAAUCCAAGUUAAAGAAACAUGGGAUGAUGGCAAAUUGGUGAAUUGUGGUCUUCAUGAUUUUCUGCGUGAAAUCAUUGUUUCAAAAUCUAAAGAGCAGUGCUUCACAGCCAUAAUCACUGGAUAUUGCACAAGAUGGCCUGACAAAGUUCGACACCUGGCAAUCCAUAACUUCACUGGUAAUCCUCCACAAGGCUUCAGCAGCUUAAAGUGUCUUCGGUCCGUGGAAACAUUCGGGAAUGAAGAUUCUCUCACAACUUCAUUUUUGUCCAAGUUUUUAUGUGGUGGUCCCAAGUUCCUAAAGGUUUUAAAUUUGACGGGAGCUGAAUUGGACAACAUCCCGAAGGAAGUUUUCAAACUAUUUCAUCUCCAGUAUCUGGAUCUAAGUGGCACUAGAGUUAAAAUCAUUCCAAAAUCUAUUGGGCAGCUUCAAAACCUAGAAUUUUUAAUUCUGGCCGAAACCACUAUAAUGGAGUUGCCCGUGGAAAUUUUGAAGCUAAGAAAACUCCGUUCCCUCAACCUAUACGGAAUAGGUGAUUAUUCAAAUAACUUUGCACUUUGGGGCUUUAAAUCUCCGGAUGGAAUUGGAAAGCUUACUUCCUUGGAGAGGCUGCAUAAUAUAGAAGCAGACAGUGGUAAAAUAGUAAGGGAGAUUGGGAAGCUCAUUCAGUUGCGAGAAUUAUCCAUCACAAAGCUGAGAAGAGAAGAUGGAAAAGAGUUGCUCUACUCCCUGUCAAGGCUGACCAACCUUCGAGAGUUACACAUCUGCUCCAUUAAAGAAGAGGAGACCCUUGAUCUCCAACAUUCCGUCUCUCCAAGACUUGGAUUUCUUACAAGGUUGUGGUUGAAUGGGCAUUUAGAGAGAGUACCAGAAUGGGUGAUAUCACUUCAAUACUUGGGCACUUUAGUCUUGCUGAAUAGUGAGUUGAGUGAAGAUGAGAAUGCAAUAGGCUGCCUUGGACAUUUGCCCAACCUGGUACAUCUUUUUCUCCUUCGUGCUUAUGAAGGGGAGACAUUGUGUUUUAAGGCUGGAAGAUUCCAAAAACUCCAGAGAUUAGACCUUGUGCAAUUUCAAAGACUAAAAUGGGUAAGAGUGGAAGAGGCAUCGAUGCCCGGUCUCCAAGAGUUUGCUAUUGUUGGAAGCAAACUUAUGACGGGCUUGCCUUUGGGCCUCCAAAACUUGACCGAGCUUAAAUUUCUUCAAUUGUUUGACAUGUGUGAUGAGCUAAUCCACAAAGUGCAAAAUUUGGAUAAACAAAGUGAAGAUUAUCAAACAAUUUCUCAUAUCCCUCAAGUUUGCACUGGACACUGGAUAAAUGGUGAUUGGAAAACGGAGAUCCUCUCGGAGAAGAUAGGUAAAGGAUAAUCUCUUGCCGUCACAACAUUUGAGUUAUGGUGUUUGUUGUCAAUUAGAUUUUCAAAAGAUCUAGUUGCGGCCUUCUUACUUUUUCCUACUUAUCGUCCAUGUAAUAAAAUCAUGACUUUGGAAUGCUAUUCAAGAACAAUUAGUUCCUUAGAUGGUUAGAUAUACAUGUGUUUCUACGUGUAUGAUGAUUUGAUUUGUACAAUUAUCCUGAUUCUUGGUUAAGAAUGUUUUCGUUUAUCAAAAAAAUACAGAGACAAGUAGCAUCUAAA